AUGCAGUCCACAUCUGGAGAGUCUGCGCAGUGCGCCAUGUUAGAAGAUGAGCAUCCUCCAGAGUAUCAUACGAUCCAGCCCAGGGCUGUCAUUGAAUGCAUACGGACUUCAUCUGCUCCUCUACCGCCAAGCGGCUCCUCCCAGGCAUUCAAAGUCAACGGAAUGAUCUAUGUAGCAGCCCAGGUAGCGGCGCUGCCUCGUGGCGGGAUGGCUAUCGGAGAAACUGCCGCCGUGGAACGGAUUUUCCUUAAUCUAGAGGCGAUUCUGAAGGCGGCGGGUUCUAGCUUUGACAGGGUUGUUAAAACUACGGUUUAUUUUUCAGAAUAUGUUCAUGGGAAAAAGAAAUUUGAGGAUCACUACAAUCGGGUGUUUCCGUUUGCACCGCCACGAACUACUGUUGUGGUUCCCGGGUUUUCUCACAAUACUCCAGCCCCCUACUCGGAGAUACAGGUGGAGCUUAUAGCGGUGGAGUGA